AUGGGCCCCUGUGUACCGCCUCCUCAUGCUGCUGCCAGGCCCGUAAUCUGCCAUGGGCCCCCGUACCGACUCCUCAUGCUGCUGCCAGGCCCGUAAUCUGUCAUGGGCCCUGUACCGCCUCCUCAUGCUGCUGCCAGGUCCAGAGUGUGUCAUGGGUCCCUGUACGGCCUCCCAUUGCUGCUGUCUCCAUCGCCACACUCUGCCAUGUGCCACUUUCAGGUCUCCUCACACUGCUGGUGGGUUCCAUUUUGUCAUAGGGUGCUGUAUGGCCUCCCAUUGCUGCUGCCUCCACCGCCACACUGUGGCUCCACACUCUGGUUUUGGCCCCGUGACUGCCCAAAUGAGUGAAGUGUGCGGUGAUUCUAAGAUCGACGGCACUCAUCUGCAUGUCAUACUGACUGACAGUAUUAUUUCUCUUCCCCAGCAGACUCCUAAGGGCAUUUAAAUUAAAGGUACAGUGUUCUGCACUAAUAUAA